GGCAGCGAUCCUUCCAACCCACCCUCCACCAUCCAAACGAGGCGGAAGCCAUUGACAUCGCUACCUCUCCUAGGAGUCCGCUUUGACCUGCCUAUGCAGCCGCCAACAUGGCGAUGAUGGCCGAAGAAUUCCAAAUAAGCGAAAAUGGUGACCCUCCAAUUCUCAAGAACGACCCGGAUAAGCGUACGAGCCACUUGGUCGAGAGAGAAACUAAAAAGCAGCGCCUGCGCGAGCUUCGAGAAACGCACGACUGCGUCCGGAGUAUCGUCAACCACAUGGGCAAGUAUUACAGGACAAGCGACCCGCCAGCCUGGCUCGAUCUUCGUCUCGUGGCCGGCCAAAUCUUGCGAUCAGGUGCAACGCGCCGUAACUCGAGCCACGCUGCCUGGAAGUACCUGAGGGAUUCCAUGACGCUCAUCCAUGCGUGGAUGGACGGCCACGAUACCUGGAAGGACGCCGUGGAAGUGAUCAAGAUGCCUCACCUGGGGUUUCGGUCUGAAAUAAAAGCAACCGAGUUCAUCGAUAGCAAGUCCGGCUCCGUCCCGAAAUGCUUGAUGAAUCCCCUGAAACAAAUCAAGCUUGACUUCCUGAUGGAUUCGCAACCGCCCAGCAACGACAACACGCCAUACUUUUGGAGAGGUUCCGCCAUUGAUGACCCCGUCUGGCGCAACCAAUUUAUGCAGAAACAGACCUACUACCACCACAUUCCUUUCGACGACGAUCUUACAGACCUGGUGUUGAGCGUCGUGUGUCGGAAAGGCAAGGCCGAGCUCGAGAACACACAGCCAUUGCCAGGGGAUGCCGGGGCAUACGAAGAGGACGAACGCUUUGGGCUGUUCGGCAAGGGGACUGCAGCAACGGCGGACGCGAAGCCGAGUGGUUUUAAGGAUAAUGAUAGGGCGUGGGAGGACAAGGUUCAGGCCACUAUGACCAGGAUUGCCGCCACAGUCAACGAUGCCCUUGCAGCAGAGAAGGCCAAGCUACUCGGAAAGCGGAACAGACAGGAGAACGAGAAGGUCCAAGUAGAGAACCCGAACAAGCGGCACAAACCGAUGGAAGCGGGCCCUCAGCAGCAAAAGGUCAUGGAUUCGAUCGAGGACAGCGAUGAUGACGAUCGAUUACCCACGCCUCCAUUCGCGAAGGCAUCCGCCGGCAAGGAGGACGAAAAGUACCGGGCAUUGAAGGCCGGAUACAAAAAGCUCAAGAAGCAGGACCAGCAGCUGGUGUCUCUAUACAGCAGCCUCGACGACAACAGCAAGAAGCAAGGGAAGGAUGUCGAGCAGUUGAGCAAACAGCAAAAGGAUCUGCGAAAGGAUACUAAUGCCAACAAGCAAAAGCAACAACAGCUUGCUGAGCAGAUUGUUGGCCUCGAAACCGAGAACAAGAGCCUCGAGGAGAAGACGCAGCAACUGACUGUCCAAUGCGCCGCACUCACGGACGACGUCAGGAAGUUAGAGGACAAGAGCGGGCAGGCGGAUGCCCAGCGUAGUGCCCUCGAGGAUGAAAACAAGAUUCUCAGGUGUCAACUAGUCAGCUUGAUUACCCGAGUGGAGGCUCUGGAAUCGGCUCCAAAGCCCACGGCGGAGCCUGUCCAGACGGCUACCUCGGGGCCUGUGAGCGCACCGAAGCCCGCCGAGGAGUCGACAUCAGUCCAUUCCCGGCAGCAUUUUGUCGUGGAAGCGACUAGAAAUGGGGCCGGCCCGGGACCGCGAGACAUUGUACACGGCGCCGCGGCUCCUACGGUGCCAUCGCCGCAGUGGCAGUCCGCCGGCUCAGUCAAAUACGAACAUAUGGACGGCCUUUCCAUGGAUCAACCGCCGCAGCGCCACUACAAGCGCGCCGGCUCGCGAUUUCCUCGCGUUCUCGAUAUGCCCACCUUUGAUCCAAGCUGGAACCCCCAGCGGGAGAUUCUCGGCUGUCGUACCUCCGGCUACGCUCGGUUCUCCCAGCGGACCACGUACUCGGACACAGUCUACGCCACCAAUAAUACGACGACGUCUUAUCCAUACCC